UUUCGAUUUAGUAGGAUUAAAUCUUUUCCGAAGAUGUGUCCGAAAUUAUUAAUCAAUUGAAAAAAAUACUUUAAAGAUGAACCGAAUGAAGAAGCAUAGAAUCAAAGAAGAGAAAGCGACGACUUCCUCAUCUAGUCGGAGACAGGAGGAGCAUGAUUUGGCGUAUUUCAUUCACGACAGAGUAGAGUUGAUGCAUCAAGUGUUUUCUGUUUUGAAAUCGAAAGAACUCAAGUCUUUGGCCCCUGAGUGCGUCAGACGGUUAUCUAUAGACGAUUUACAGGAGUUAUGUUUGGAAGAACUUCUAGGAAUAAGUUCCAAACGACUAUGCGCUAUCCUGGACGGUGCGGAGCCCCCCUCAGACACAGACUCCUCUAGCCAGUCAGCCGAGCAGUUGGAGACCAUCUCUCUCGACAGCAUAUCAUCCGAUGAUGAGAUACUGAGCCAAGCUAGUGGUAAAAAGAAAAAGCACAAGCACAGACAUUCAAAGAAGAAACGCCGUAAGAAGUCAAAGUCGGGCGAUGAGGGUGAAAGUCGAGCCUCACGCGCCGGCCUGACCGUGCUCGAGUUGCUCGAGCUACAGGCCCGAGCUCGAGCCAUCCGCGCGCAGCUACACCAGGAGCCGUCCAAAACCGCCGAGCCAGCAGCGGAGCCCGCGAGCUCCGACAACGACGAGGUCCUCAUCAAGGAGGAGCCGGCGGAAGUGGUGGAGAUCAGCAGCGAAGACGAGAAACCGGACGUGAAGAGGCUCGACCAGCAGAUUGGUACAACUACAUCUCAAUCUAAUGAAUCUGAGGCAAAUCACAAGAAUGGUGACUCAAAAACAGUGACUAAAAGGAUAAACGAUUUAGUAAUAACAGUUCCACAAUCCAAACCGACCCGGAAAAUUAAACUGAAAAGGCAAAAGCCAACGAUGACUAAAGAAACAACAUCUAAUAAUGUAGCUGAAAAAGAAAAAGUUGAAACUAGCACUACUGUUAACAAUAAUGCUACAACUAAUGUCAAAAACGCUGUAACAGAACCCAAAAAAGAUAGCAAUGUUGAAGCUAAAAACAGAAGUAAGAAGAGUAAGAAGAAAAAGAAGAGGGUUAAAGAAAAACAAGGCAGUGACGAAGAUGAAAUAACUAUUCAGUUAUCGGAUUCGGAGAAAAUGGACCUGCUUGAAGAUUUAGAUGCAAAGAACUUCGAUACUGUUAGCUCCAGCGAUUCUGAUAGUUCAGAUGAUAGUGAAAAUGAAAACCAAGAUGAUGAAAAACAAAAUACUUCUGAUACUGAGAAACAGGCUGAUAAUUUAGGAAAUAACAAAAUUGAUGACACUAAAAUAGAAAUUAUAGCCGAACCUGAUGGAAAGAAAGAAGGUAAAAACGAUGAUGAAAUAAGAGGUUAUGUGUCUAAAGAAAAUGAAGGAACAGUAGAAAUUAAUGAUUUGCCUGUUAUAAAUGAUGAUAUUAGAACAUCAAACGAUACUAAAGAAGACGAAUCUAGCAAUGUAAAAGUGGUUACAGAAAUUGACAUAAAAUCAAUUACAAUCGAUGACAAUAAUGAGAGAGUUCAGGAUUUAAGUGAAGCCAAAACAGAUGAUGUUCAAAAUGAACAUAAUAAUGAGAUAGUCGUUGAAUGUGCGAAUAUAGAGAAAAGUGACGAUAAAGCGGAAAGCUCAUCUUGUAUACAAACAAAAUCAGAUGGUGAAAUAUCCGACAGAGAGAGCUCUGAAGUUGAAGCCUCGGAUGUGCAACCGGAAGUAGUAUGUAUAUCCGAUGACGAGCACAAGAAGAAGAAAAAAAAGAAAAAAGACAAGAAAUCUAAGAAAGAAAAAAAGAAAUCGGGUUUUCGGGAGAAAACUGAUGAAAACUUUUAUAAAGAUAAAUAUGCGGAAGAUAAAGAAAUACCUACCACUAUGAUAGAAACAAUAGAUGAUGGCGAUGAUGACGUGUAUGAAUAUUUAGAAAUUUCUGAUGAUUCAUCUUGCUACGAAGUGGAGGGCGUGUCAGUUCUAUCUAAGGAACCUACCGCAGAAGAAAUAGAAGCAUUUUCGGCUAAGAUGGACGAAAUUGACUUAGAAAAAGAUGAAACACUGAUAGCAAUACCAAACGAAAACUUAGAAGUAGAAAACGAUACUAAUGACCUUGAAAAUGUAUCAUGGAAAGAUAGAUACUUAGGAAGUAAGAAGGUAAAACGAGUAUUGACUACAUCGAAUAUACUAAAUGCUAUUAGAAAGAAGAAUAAAGAGUUGAAACAGAAGUUAGCGGAAGCUAAGAAGGCAGAGUUGGCAGAGAAAGAAGCACAGAAAGAAAAAGUAGAUGAUACACCGACAGUUGAAGAUGGUACUAUUGAACAGUAUGAAACUCUUGUAGGUUCUACCAAAUAUGUAGAUCCAGUUAAGGAAGUAGACACAACAGAAGCUAAAGAUACACAAAAUAAAGAAGAUUCUGAAAACAAAGAUAAUUUGAGCAAAGAAGAUGAAAGUGAAAAUGUCACAAAAGAAAUGAAGAAGGACGCGAAACAGCUGCUUAAAAUGUACAAGAGACUUCUGAAAUAUAAUGAUAUUAAUAAGCAAAAAGAUCCGAAUAAAAAGAAAAAGAAGAAACAAAAGAAAAAUAAGGAGAAAGAGAAAGUAGCUUAAGAAAUGAGUGUCAUAGACAAGUAAAUAACACAGACUGUACACCAUAAGUCAUACAACACUAUUUGUAUAUCACUUACUUUAAAGUAAAUAAAAGUAAUGCGUACCUAUACUGUA